AUGCCAAAGCAACUUAAAGAUCUCAAGGAAUACCUCGCUGUCUUGAAGCGUUCAGACGCCAAGGGCGUGACCGUAUACAAGAAGAAGGGCAAGGGUGGCGUUGUCAACACCAAGUUCAAGGUCAGGUGCUCUCGCUACCUCUACACUCUCUCUGUCCCCAACGCUGCCAAGGCCUCCAAGAUUGAGGCCAGCAUUCCAAGCAGCUUGGAGAAGAAGGUUAUCUCUAGCAAGAAGUAA